CCAUUAGCUAUUAAAACUGUUAAUGCUAUUAAAAAGCUUCAAAACUAUUUUAAAAAAAAAAAUAAACUGUUAAAAGCCGUUAAGCUGUUAACCUUAAAAGCCGUUAAGCUGUUAACUUUAAAAGCCGUUAAGCUAUUAAUCUUAAAAGCUGUUAAACUAUUAGCCGUUAAAAGCCGUUAA